AUGUCUCAUUACGGUCAACCGCAAUACGGUGAAUACUACGGCCAGCAGGGCUACCCUCAGCAAGCCCCACCCCAGGGUUAUCCCCCACAACAACAGCCGUACGGUCAAUCUCCAUAUGAUUACCAGCAGGGCCACCCCUCUCCAUACACUGAGCAAUCCCAAUAUGGCGGCUCAUACAACCAGCCCCCGCAUCCGUCCUACCAGGACCGUGGUAGCUCCCCGUACCCGCCCCAGCAGCAAUAUCAGCAAUACCCCCAAGGUGGCGCAAACGCAGACUACUACGGCGCCCCAGCCCAGCAGCCGCAGGCCUACCCAACUGGCGAGGUCGACCCCAACGGUGAGAAGGGCCUCGGCUCCACAUUGGCCGGAGGGGCACUGGGCGGGUUUGCAGGCCACAAGAUGGGCCAUGGUGUAGGCCACGGGCUCUUGGGAACGGCCGGCGGUGCCCUCGUCGGUGCUAUCGGGAUGAACAUGGCUACGAACCAGAUCAAGAAGCAUAAGAAAGAGGACAAGGAGGAGCGCAAGCGCCAAAAGAAGCGCGAGAAGCAGGAGCGCAAGCACCGCCGUCACCGCUCGCACAGCUCCAGUUCCAGCUCCAGCUCCAGCUCCAGCGAUAGCGAUUAA